AUGGCGGCGGCGGCGGGCGGCAGGAGGGGCAAGGCCCCGCGCGGGGCGGCGGGACGGCGGCGGCCGAGGCCGGCGGCACCGAGCGCYGAUGGCAGACCGCGGGCGACUGCCGGUCGGCCCGCCGACGAGGAAGUGUCUAGCGACUCCGAGACAGAGAGUCCAUUGUUGGGGCGGCGGCGGCGAGAGGCAGCGGAGGAGGAGGUGGAGGAGACGCCGCAGGAGAAGAAGCUGCGCUUGGCCAAGCAGUACUUGGAGGAGCUCCGGCAGCUCGAGGAGGAGCGGGCGGAGGACGAGGAGGAUCUCGAGCCGGCGGAUCUCAUCGGCGACCGGUUGAAGGAGGACGUGCUGGAGCAGAAGGGCCGGCUGCAGCGCCUGGUCGCCAAAGAUGUACAGCCUCCAGAUCCAGCCAGCAUCCGUGUGCUGCGGGGACACCAGCUGCCUGUUACCUGUCUGGUCAUCUCUCCUGAUAACAGAUUCAUUUUUUCUGCUUCCAAGGAYGGCGCCCUCAUCAAAUGGGAGGUGGACAGUGGGAAGAGGCUGUGCGUGGUGCCCGGGGGGAAGAAGGGCACGGAGGAGCGGCACAUGGGGCAUGCAUCCCAUGUCCUUUGUAUGGCCAUUUCGUCGGACGGCAAGUACCUGGCUACGGGAGACAGGAACAAGCUGAUCAUGAUCUGGGAUGCAGCCACGUGCAAGCGCCUGCACAUCUUCACAGGGCACCGCGAUGCCGUCUCGGGCCUGUCCUUCAGAAAGGGCACACACCAGCUGUACAGCGCUUCCCACGACCGCUGUGUCAAGGUGUGGGAUGUGGCAGAGAACGCAUACGUGGAGACUCUGUUCGGGCACCAAGAUGUCAUCACAGGGCUGGACAGCCUGAGCCGGGAGUGCUGUGUGACAGCGGGGGGACGGGAUGGCACCGUGCGGCUCUGGAAGAUCCCUGAGGAGUCACAGCUCGUGUUUUCUGGGCACCAGGGCUCCAUUGACUGUAUCCAGCUCAUCAACGAGGAGCACAUGGUGUCUGGUGCUGAUGAUGGGUCUUUAGCCCUGUGGGGGCUGACCAAGAAGAAGCCGCUGGCUCUGGCUCGGCAGGCGCACGGUGAGCAGGACGCCCAGGGCCUGCAGCAGCCAUACUGGAUCUCAGCAGUGGCCGCCCUGCGMAACAGUGACCUCCUGGCAACGGGAUCCCACAGYGGCAGCGUGAAGCUCUGGAAGUGUGGUGAGGGAUUUCGGAAGCUGGAGCACCUCUGGGACAUCCCGGUGGUGGGUUUUGUCAACAGCCUCAAGUUCUCAGCGACUGGUGACUUCCUGGUGGCUGGCAUUGGGCAGGAGCACCGGCUCGGACGGUGGUGGAGAAUGAAAGAAGCCAAAAACAGCAUCUGCAUCAUCCCCCUGAAGAAGAAGACCACAGCUUCCGGCCCUGAAUCCCCUGGCAGCUCCUAGCCCUCUGUCCCUGGAGCAGGUCAUUCUGUCCCUGGAGCUGUGCCCCGCAUCCCUGGUGCAGAUCCUGCUGGCCCCCAUGUCAUGAUGUGGCUCUGCCCUCUGCGAGGGUCUGUCCCCUUCCCUCAGGAUUGGCUGGACCUGAGCUCUGGACCAGUCCAUUUUGUAAAAAAAAAACACCACCAAAAACACUUUAUUUACAUAAAUUACAAAAAAAAAAAAAAAAAUCACACUCUUGUUCACAGAAAAAGUCUACUCUUAAAAACUUGGUUGGGCUCAAAUACCUGGGUCCUGUUACUUGCCCUGAGCCUCCAACGGCCCCCCCGGGCUCUGCAGGGGUUGGGGGCAGUGGGCAUUUGUCCACCCCUGCUCCUGUCCACUCUCCCACAAAGGGAUGGAAAGCGCCACGUAGAGUGAGGGAAACGAUAUGGGGAGCUUGGGCCCAGCCUGGCCACACUCGGUGGCUCUCUGGGGCCAAAACUGGGAGGAAAAGUGAAACUGCAAAGCGCCAGGGAAAGGGCGAUGUGGGACACGGCUCGGCACGGGGUGAUGGGCAAGGCAUG